AUGUCGAAGCAGUUCACCUAUCAGGAUGUUGCCGAGCACAACACCAAGAACGACAUGUACGUCGUCGUUCACGACAAGAUCUACGACGUAACCAAGUUCGUCGACGAGCAUCCCGGUGGUGAGGAAGUCCUGUUGGAUGUUGCCGGCCAGGAUGCGACCGAGGCUUUCGAGGAUGUCGGUCACAGUGACGAGGCACGAGAGACGCUUGCCCAGCUGGAGAUCGGUGCCCUGAAGCGCCAGGAGGGCGACCCGGUCCCUAACGCUGGCAUCCCCGGUGCUGUCUCUCCCCAGGCUCAGACUGGCGCCGCGACUGGCCUUGGAGUCGGCCUUUAUGCCAUCAUCAUUCUCGGCGGCGCUCUCGCCUACGGUGCCUACCAAUACAUGCAGCAGUAA